ACUCCGCUCUUCUCCUCUCUGCGCUUUCUCGACCCCGCGUUUCUUUCUCAAUGCUUUAUUUUCAUGGAUAAAUUAUCGUAAUUAAUCUCCUCCUUAUUUUAUUCAGCUCCUCUGCAGGAAGCACAGUUUGGGCUUAAGAGAUUUAUCUACGUUUCAGAAAAUGGUUACAUCUGAGCAAGAACAUGAUUUCGUUAAAUGGGGUUUGCAACUAUUCAACAGUGAUCCCUAUGCUAAUUGUGGAUAUUGUGGCGAGCUAACUCAGGAAGAUGGAGAAUAUUACCCUGGAAAUAGUUUAAAGGAGGAUCAUUACGAUUCGGGAGAAUGUUGCAAUGUGGAAAAUGAUGAGGCUAUUGCUCAUACGCUUCAACUUCAAGAACUGUCCAAACUUGCUGUUGUGGGAUCUCCAAGCCAUGGGGAGGAAGAAGAAUUGCAAUUGCAAUUGCAAGUGUCUGGUUAUCCUCAAGAUUGUGUCAAUCAGUCUGUUGCGGACUUUGGUUCUGGGCAAGGCUAUAGUGAGAAAGAGCAAGAUGAUACUGCUAUUUCUAGUUCGUGUUCUAGCCCUGAAGAGAAAUUGUUAUAUGAGGAGGAUAGGUCAUACCCAUUGGUGCUAACAGAUGAGUUUACUCUUGAUGGCGAAGUGGGGAAAAGGCUGAAUCCAAUGGUUCCUGUUCCUCAUGUUCCAAGAAUCAAUGGUGAAAUACCCUCGAUUGAUGAAGCAAUUUUAGAUCAUCAAAGGCUACUAGAAAGAUUGGAAGUCUAUAAUUUAGUGGAGCUUAAAGUUGAAGGAGAUGGUAACUGUCAGUUCCGUGCUCUAUCUGAUCAAUUUUAUCGAACUCCUGAGCAUCAUGAGUUUGUGAGACAGCAAGUUGUAAAUCAGCUUGAGUCUUAUCCAGAUAUAUAUGAGGGCUAUGUUCCCAUGGCAUAUGGUGAUUAUCUGGAGAAGAUGUCCAAGAGUGGUGAAUGGGGUGAUCAUGUCACUUUGCAGGCUGCUGCAGAUUCGUAUGGUGUUAAAAUAUUUGUCAUAACAUCUUUCAAGGACACUUGUUACAUUGAGAUUCUUCCAAAUGCCCGAAGGUCAAAACGAGUUAUUUUUUUGAGCUUUUGGGCAGAGGUGCACUACAACUCAAUAUAUCCUUUUGGAGAUGUGCCUGCAUUUGGGACUAAGAAGAAAAGGUGGCGAAUGUUGCGGAACAAGCAUUUAGAAUCGGGCGAUGAAUAUCGAUGAAUCAAUUGAGCUUUGUUGCUUUGGCAAGAAAGCUAAUCUGCUUUACCACUUAUUUUCUACCAAUGGUGUUUUAUUUCAUGUUGAUUUAGUGGAUAGAAAGCAAGGUCGGAGACAUCAUCUUUGCUUGCUUCAAUGCUCCACUUGAGAUUGUAAAAUUCUUGGAUACAGAUCUAUCCCCAUUUAUUUUUCGAAUAAAUUUAA